AUGAGCCAGUUUACUGUGUCCAGAACUUACCAGCAAAGAGGGCAGCUUGAACCGAAGACAUGGAUCCAGGAGAAGAAGGUGCACAUCAGAGAGUGUUCACUGAUUCAUAAUCAUCCGACUACGUUUCGCAAGAGAAUCCGUGAAUUGAACGGAAAAGCAGUAGAGUUCUGUUCUCAGAUGAAAGCAGAGUAUGGCUCUAUUGCAGUAAUUGACAAAAACCAGUCUACAGAAGACCUGGAGAGCGAUCCCUACAUACCUACUCCCGUAGCAAAGGCCUCUAUGUCCCAGCUCCGCCUGCAGGCGACGAGACAGUGGGCCGCUGACAAAAGUAUCCUCUGGUUCAAUAUCGACGAGCCGCAUAUCCAACUGCUCGUCACGCAGUCUAUGGUCAGGAACACGGAGUGGGGAUAUUUCGCGAUGUUCGCAAAAUCACUGCCAACCACAAAUAUCACCGGAGCAUUGCGA